CUUCAUAUAAACCCCGUCGGUUCCAGUGAGAGCAUCGUUCCGCACAGCUACCUGGAUCAUUGUUUCAUCCAUUUAUUUAUUACUUGUAUUUGGUGACACACACACAGGCUACACACAAACAAAACAACUUCACAAAAUGGCCAAGUACUUUAUCGCCUUCUUGCUGGUCGUUUCUUCAGUCUACGGACAACAACCUGAGAGUGAUUGUCCGGAGAAGAACGGUGUCUUCGCCGACAGCCUUCAGUGCGAUCGUUACUACGAGUGCGAGAAUUUCGUCCUCAGCGAGAAACUCUGCGACGAUGGUUUGGUCUUUGCCGACCUGGGAGCCAACAGCGGCAUUGGUGGCCGAUGUGAUUUCCCCUUCAACGUCGAUUGCACUGGCCGCGCCGAACUCCAGCCUGCUAACGCUACGGCCAACUGCCCUCGCCAAAAUGGCUACUUCGCACACAGCGACCCAACUAUCUGCAACCAGUUCUUCUUCUGCUCUUCCGGCCAAGCCAAUUUGAUCACCUGCCCCGAUGGUCUCGUUUUCAACCCCAACACUGGCACUUGCUCCUGGCCAGGAGAGGCUAACCGUAUCGGUUGCCAAAGCAAAGACGUCGUUGCAUUUGAUUGCCCUGCCCGAGUUCUUGAGGCUGAGCCAACAGGACCCCAGUUCAUCGACCCACUGUACGCUGACCCAACUGAUUGCCAGUACUUUUACGUUUGCAUCGGUGGUAAGGAACCUCGCCGCAACGGUUGCACCACUGGUUUGGUUUUCAAUGACCUGACCAAGCGUUGCGAUAGGCCCAGGAACGUCCCCGACUGCGUUGACUGGUACAAGACCAGCGAAGGAGACUUGCUGGAACCCGAUGUGUUGGAAGAAGAAAUUGUCCCAGCACCCAAGAGGACCAACAUUGCUGGCCGUUCUUAAUUUACGCGUCAAAUACUCUCAAAUCUCUUAACAGGCACCACGCACACACAGAGAGAAAAAUUCGCCUGUCGUCAGUGUUAUAUCAUUUAUAGAAAACCCAUUGUUUCGUAUCGAUUCAGAAGGAGACAGAAUUACAUGUUAUCAUUUUCCUGA